AAUAAUUGUAUGUAAGUAAAUUGUUUGUGUUUAACUACACACUAUUAAAUUUAGCUCAAUACCGUGCCACUUUCAUAUAUUUUAUUCGUACAUUCGUACAGGGAAAUCCAAAACUGAAGAAUGAUCCUUUAAAUUAUUUUUAAUAAUAAAUCUAUGUUUAUAAUGUUUAUUUUGUAUUUGGGUGCAUUUAAUUAUCAAUUCAGUCGUAACUCGUAUUUCACCACUGUGUGACCGCCGUGUUGUGUUAUAAUCAGAUCAUCUAUUAACUUAAAAUGUCGACCGAAAAAGACUGGAAUCAAGACCAAAUUCUGAAACUUAUUGAUUUAGUACAGCAAAGUGAGAAUAUUUGGAAUCCAAGUCACAAACUAUACAGAAAUCGAAUCCGAAGGACAGAUUCAAUCAAUGAAAUUGCCAACAUCUUGGGUGUUUCACAGCAAGAAGUUGACAAAAAAUGGAAAAUUAUACAAUCCCAAUUUCGUAGGGAACAACAUAAAGUAAAUAGUAAAAAAUCCGGCGCUGGAACCGAUGAUAAUUACUCAAGUGCAUGGUAUUUGUACAAGCCAUUAAGUUUUUUGUCAGAUAGAAAUAAACCAAAACCUACUAGAGACACUUAUAAUAUACAGGUAAUAACAACAUUAUUUGAAUAAUUAUUCUAAAAACAA